AUGGAGGAAGCUAGGAAGUUGGAAGAGGGACUUGGGAACAACACAACACUUGCCAAGGAAGAAAAUAACAGGGAGAUUAUUAGCCAUGUAGCCCAUAACAAGGAAGCGAUCGAUAAGAGUGAUGGCCGGGAUGUCGACGAAUGUCACGAUCAAAACGCUGCAAAGAAUGAAAAGGCGGCGGAGGAGACUCCAUUAGUGAAGCAGAAGAGCAAGAGAGUUGCAACCUUGGAUGUCUUCAGAGGGCUCACCAUUGUGUUGAUGAUACUGGUGGAUGAUGCUGGGGGAGCAUAUUCACGGAUAGACCACUCACCAUGGAAUGGUUGCACAUUGGCCGACUUUGUGAUGCCUUUCUUUCUCUUCAUUGUUGGGGUUGCUAUUGCUCUUGCUCUCAAGAAAAUUCCCAAGAUCAAGGCUGCUGUCAAAAAAAUUGUCCUAAGGACGCUAAAGCUUCUCUUUUGGGGAAUUCUUUUGCAAGGAGGAUACUCCCAUGCCCCGGAUGAGCUAUUAUAUGGAGUUGACAUGAAGCAAAUUCGCUGGUGUGGGAUCCUCCAGAGAAUAGCUUUGGUAUACUUAGUUGUAGCUUUGAUAGAGACAUUCACUACCAAACAUAGACCAGCCGUUGUAGAAUCCGGUCCCAUCUCCAUUUUCACCGCGUACCGAUGGCAAUGGAUUGGAGGGUUCGUGUCAUUUGUUAUUUACAUGAUCACAACAUUUACACUAUAUGUUCCUGAUUGGAGCUUUGUGUUACACUACGAUGAAGGAGCAGAGAAAUACACGGUUAAAUGUGGAAUGAGAGGACACUUAGGACCUGCAUGCAAUGCAGUUGGGUACGUAGAUAGACAGGUUUGGGGUGUUAACCAUCUCUAUUCUCAGCCUGUUUGGAGACGCUUAAAGGCUUGCACACUUAGCUCUCCGACAUACGGACCCCUUCGUCGGGGCGCUCCGAUCUGGUGCCUUGCUCCGUUCGAACCCGAAGGCUUAUUGAGUUCAAUCUCAGCUAUCCUUUCUGGGACUAUUGGCAUCCAUUAUGGACAUGUUUUGAUCCAUUUCAAGGGUCACUCUGAGAGGCUUAAGCAUUGGGUUUCAAUGGGGUUUGGCUUACUUAUCAUAGGCAUAAUUCUUCAUUUUACUGAUGCCAUUCCCAUCAAUAAACAACUAUACAGCUUCAGCUACGUAUGCUUCACAGCCGGUGCUGCCGGAAUAGUAUUCUCCGGUUUCUACAUAGUGAUUGAUGUUUGGGGGCUUCGGACGCCAUUUUUAUUCCUGGAGUGGAUUGGAUUGAAUGCAAUGCUUGUAUUUGUAAUGGCGGCACAAGGCAUCUUUGCAGCAUUCUUCAAUGGAUGGUACUAUGAAAACCCAAAUAACUCCAUAGUACAUUGGAUUCAAAAGCAUGUCUUUAUCAACGUUUGGAACUCUGAGAGGCUAGGAACCCUCUUGUAUGUCAUAUUUGCAGAAAUCACAUUUUGGGGUGUAGUUGCUGGCAUCUUACACAAAUUGGGAAUUUAUUGGAAGCUCUAA